AUGGUGUAUAAGUGUCGAAAAUAUAACAAGACUAGUCACAAUAGUAGGAAGUGUCCAAGCCAGACACAAAAUGCCUCUGCUGAGACUGAUUCACAUGGAUUUGUUAGACCUACACCUUCAGUUCCCAAGUCAAAUACUCAGAUGUCUGAGGAUCUCAUGGCAGAUGUACCAUUGGGAAGUCAACAAUCUACAUCAAACUAUUCUGUUGCUACAAGUAUUCCAGUGGAGAAUAUUGGGAAGUAUAAGUGCUCUAUCUGCCACCAAUAUGGUCACACCAAAGGCAGAAUAGAGGCUGAUACUCAAUCAUACUUCAAUCAUUUUGAUCCACCAGUCUUUGAUGGCCAAAAUUAUCAAGCAUGGGCUGUUAGGAUGACAGUCCACCUUGAGGCAUUGGAUCUUUGGGAAGCUGUAGAAGAAGAUUAUGAUGUACCACCGCUGCCAGCAAAUCCCACGGUGACACAAAUGAAGAAUCAUAAUGAGAGAAAAACAAGGAAGUCAAAGGCUAAAGCAUGUCUUUUCUCUGCCGUUUCAAGCACCAUAUUUACCAGGAUCAUGAACUUAGAAUCAGCCAAAGACAUAUGGGACUACCUCAAGAAGGAGUACCAGGGCAAUGAAAGAACCAAGAACAUGCAAGUGCUCAACUUAAUCAGAGAGUUCGAGAUGGUGAAGAUGAAGGAGUCAGAAACGAUCAAAGACUACUCCGAUAAGCUACUGGGCAUUGUUAACAAGGUAAAACUGCUAGCUAAGGACUUUUCUGAUGAGAGAAUCAUCCAAAACAUUCUUGUCACUUUACCGGAGAAAUAUGAGUCUAAAAUUUCUUCUUUAGAAGAGUCUAAAGAUCUGUCAAGCAUAUCCUUGGCGGAGUUGGUGAAUGCUUUGCAGGCUCUGGAGCAAAGAAGAAUGAUAAGGAAAGAAGAAAUUGUAGAGGGUGCAUUCAAAGCCAGAUCAGAAAGUUCUAGAGGAGGCAAAGACAAGAAAAUUACGGAGAAAAAAAAGAGCAGCAAGUCCAACAAUGCCAACAAAAUUGAUGCAAGUUCACCUUGCCCAUAUUGCAAGAAAUCGAACCAUAUGCCAAAAAGGUGCUGGUGGAGGCCUGAUAUCAAAUGCAGAAAGUGUGGCAAUAUGGAGCACAUGGAGAGGGUCUGCAAAUCGCAACAGCUUGAAACAGCAGGAGUGUCCACAAAACAACAAGAGGAAGAACAACUCUUCGUGGCUACGUGCUUUGCCACUAACAACAGCUCAAGUGAUUCCCGGUUGAUAGAUAGUGGCUGCACCAACCACAUGACCAAUGAUCAAGCUCUUUUUACAGAGAUUGAUAAGACUCUCAUUUUCAAAGUAAAAAUUGGAAAUGGUGAGUUCAUCUCAGUCAAGGGGAAAGGGACAGUUGCUAUUGAAAGCUUGACAGGUUUAAAGCACAUCACCAAUGUUUUAUAUGUGCCUGACAUUGAUCAAAACUUGCUUAGUGUUGGACAGCUUGUUGAAAAAGGUUUCAAAGUUAUUUUUGAAGACAAGUGGUACUUGAUCAAGGAUGCAAGGGGGCAAAAAUGUGUUUAA